ACCGAGACAAGCCCGAACAAAUAUCCCGCACAUGAUCGCACGGUAGGCUGCCGUUGGGCGUAAUGACCAGCUCUGCCCGCGUCUAGAGGGCUGCACACGUGCGCGACCCUCCACACGCGCAGCAGGGGAAGUAAAGUAUGUCGAGACGAUGCAUUUGCGAUUAUAUCCUGGUGCUUUAAGGUACCUGUCAAACGGAAUCCCGGGGCUCGCGGACAAACCGACUCGGACGGGAUAGGAUGCAUGACAAAGAUAAGCUCGCGACAGCAGCCGCGAAUGGAAACGUAGAACUUGUUGAGUCUUUGCUGCUAAAUGGAGCUGAUGUUAACGGCGUGAAUAGAUUUGGGAGGACACCUAUUCAGGUGAUGAUGAUGGGCAGUACGCCGGUGGCGAGGGUACUGCUCGCGCAUGGAGCGGACCCCAACGUGGUGGACGCACACGCGGGCGCUACUCCGCUACACGACGCCGCGAGAACGGGGUUCCUGGACACUGUCAAGAUUUUAAUCCAGUUUGGUGCCAACCCCGAUGUCGGAGACAACAACAAUUACAGACCUGUGGAUUUAGCACAGCAGAACGGUCACCAAGAGAAAACUUCGAAGGUGUCUCGUGUGGCUUUAUUUCGUUCGUUUGCACAUUAUCCGGUGAUUCCAGCCUUCAUACCGUCGUAUCUUAAGUAGACGUGGAGGCGCAGACAGAGCCCGUGCCGCCCAGACCGCGAGCUUAUCAUGUCCACCCAGACGCAAAACGCUGCAGGCGCAAGUGAAGACACCGAGUCUCAGGCACGUGCAGGAAGAAAACGUCUCGGCGGUGUAGGCUAACAACAGAUUUGUGAAAACAAUAAAUGUGUCGCAGUGAUCUUUAUGGUGGCAUCUACUGUUUAUUUGAAAAACAAACGUAGAUAAAUAAACGUUUAAUUAUUGCUUAA